CAUACUGUCACAUUUCAUAAUGAACGGAGUGUGCGUCCGGUGGAAAGGGCGCAUCGACUUGGACAAAUUGGAUGGCAUCGGUUGUCUGGAGUUCGACGAGGAACGAGCAAUGAUCGAAAACAGGAUGUUGCAGGAGCAAAUCGAGAGAUACAACGACCGUAUCAGAGAAUAUCAGGACAAACCUCGUGCCUACAGAAACCAAGAGCGUGGUGUUACCGAUUCAGAUUUAGACGUGAAAAGGAGAUUGAACUAUUAGAUCAUUGUAUAUACAUACAUACACGAUACGGCGCGUUUCUACACAAUAUAUAACUAUAUUACCUACCUAUAAUAUUGUAGUGUGUUUGUGUUAUGUAUUUAUGCGUUUGUGAAGUACUCAUAUGUUAUUAUUAUUAUUAUUUCUUUUUAAUUAGUUAGUUUUUAUUUUUGUUACUUCUUUAUAGAAUUAUUAUU